CACUCUUGACUUUGAUUCUGGUUUCAGAAUCGAGAUGAACAUCGAGGUUGGGAACGUUUCUUAUACGGGAGCCAUCAUUUCCUGGUCGUCCUCGGAGCCCUGCCUGGAGGACUAUUACCAUAUUAUGUACAGGCCCAACUGGAACAGCAUCUUCUCUGGCUAUCUUCGCUACAGCUUCCACCACGAGGAGAAGGUGCCUCGAACAAUCAGCUCCGUGGUGCUGGAACACCUCACCCCUUCCACCCUCUACUUCCUGUGCAUCAGCUGCAAGAAGAUUCUCUUCCCCUACAGGCACUACUGCACCAUGUUCCACACCCUGGAUAAGAGUCCCCUGGCUGCUGGAAGCUCCCUGGUAGACCCCCAGCUCUCCCUGUGGGUGCUGAUGGCCAUUCUGCUGGCCUGCUUCACAGCCGUCUUAGCCUUCAUCUGCCUCCAGUUCUGGUGCAUCCGUUGCCAUGAGCCUCGAUGGUCGUACAGAGCCGGCCACAUGGAGGAAGCCAAUGGUCUGGUGAGAUGGCCAGAGGAUGCCCCAGCUCUGGGGCAGGGGGAGGAAGACCUGCAGGGGCUCCCUCUGGUGGAACUGCCACGCGACAACUCUGGAGCUGCAGCAGAAGCAGAAGGCCAAGCCCCUCCUGCAGCUGCUGAAGCUGAUCAGGAUGCCCCUGACGUGGGUGCCUUGCAGAGGGAGGGUGGUGAGCUUCCCGCCGACGUACUGCCUCAUUCUGGGGAAUGAGAGGUGGGGAGGAGGCAGCCCACAUCAGGUAGCUUAAAGCCCUCCACACAGUAGGUCUCCUGUAAAAAUGCCUCUGUAGACCACCCAAUUGUCUCCCUUCAAGUGUCAGUGCUCUCGUGGGUCACCUGGCUGGAUGAAUGCCCUUUGACAAAGCUUUUCAAGCUGGAAAACAUAUACCCCCCUGGUGUGCCAAGGGAGGAAACAUGGCAUCUCUGAGGACUAUCUAUCUGGGGGGUCAGUCAGGAAUUAAGGGCAUUAUUUUAAUAUUAAAACAAUCAUGAAUAUAUUAUGGUAUAGAAAGUAAAA